CUUUUUCACUUCACAGUUCACAAAGCCCCAAGUGUUUUUCUCAAAAAUCACAUACAGUGGCAUACCCACACCCCACUCCCAUAAACCCAGCUAUAAUAGAGUACAGUGUGUUUGAAAAUUCUCCAUUUUGAUCAAAUCAUAAAUGCUGGCCAAAAAACCAAUAGUUGUUUUCAUCUGCCUGGUUUUGUCCACACCCCACUUAAUUUAAUGGCAUUAAACUGAACCCCGCCUUCUUUUUUUCCCAGUUAACUGAUUAUGGGAUGUGUUCUUGGAAAAAUAGGUCGCCGGAAUAGACACAAUUCUAAUGCUUCCAAUGGUGUUGAGGUUUCCGAGAACACUCAAUCACCACCGCCUGCGGCCGCAGCUGCAGCGGCGGGGGAGCGACGGAAUACCACCGGAGAGUCAGUGUCGGAGUAUUACGGUUUGAGGACACGUGGCAAUCAACAAGGGUGGCCAGCGUGGCUUGUUGCUGUUGCUGGUGAUGCUGUUAAAGAUUGGACACCUCGUCGAGCGAAUACUUUUGAGAAACUCGAUAAGAUUGGGCAAGGAACAUAUAGCAAUGUAUAUAAAGCAAGGGAUUUGAUAACAGGGAAGAUUGUUGCAUUAAAGAAAGUUAGGUUUGAUACAUUGGAGCCAGAGAGUGUGAAGUUUAUGGCAAGAGAAAUACUUGUGUUGAAAAAACUGAACCAUCCCAAUGUCAUUAAACUUGAAGGUUUAGUUACUUCAAGAAUGUCUUCUAGUUUGUACCUUAUUUUUGAGUACAUGGAGCAUGAUCUUGCUGGCCUAGCUGCUGUUCAAAAGGUUAAAUUCACUGAAGAACAGGUAAAAUGCUACAUGAAACAGUUACUCUCUGGUCUAGAGCAUUGUCACAAUAACGGGGUCCUCCAUCGUGAUGUAAAAGGUUCCAAUUUGCUGAUUGAUAAUGAAGGGAUUCUGAAAAUAGCUGAUUUUGGGUUAGCUGCAUUUUAUAAUCCUGAAAACAAGCAGCCUAUGACUAGUCGUGUUGUGACUCUCUGGUACCGUCCACCUGAACUUCUGCUUGGAGCUACUCAUUAUGGUGUUGGUGUUGACUUGUGGAGUGCCGGAUGCAUUUUGGCUGAGUUACUCGUGGGGAAGCCAAUAAUGCCAGGGCGAACGGAGGUUGAGCAACUCCAUAAAAUAUUUAAGUUGUGUGGCUCUCCAUCCGAGGAAUAUUGGAAGAAAUUCAAGUUACCCAAUGCUACUCUUUUUAAACCACAGCAACCUUAUAAACGCUGCAUUACCGAUACAUUCAAGGAUUUUCCACCCUAUUCAUAUCCUCUGAUUGAAACACUUCUUGCUAUCGAUCCCGACGAAAGAGGCACAGCAACUGCAGCUUUGAACAGCGAUUUCUUUACAACUGAACCAUAUCCGUGUGAGCCUUCAAGCUUGCCAAAGUAUCCUCCUAGCAAGGAAAUGGAUGUAAAACUGAGAGAUGAAGCAGUCAGGAGGCAAAGAGAUUUGCACGGAAAAGCUCACGCUGGUGAUGGCACCAGGAAAGUGAGAAUUCGUGAGAGAGUUAGUCGUGCAAUUCCAGCUCCAGAGGCAAAUGCAGAGCUCCAACCAAACUUAGAUAGGUGGAGAGUGAUGACACAGGCUACUGCUAAGAGCAAGAGUGAAAAAUUUCCUCCACCACAUCAAGAUGGAGCAGUCGGACACCCUCUUGAUGCAUCGCAUAACGGGCCUGCAUCAUUCGGUGUAGCUGAUGCUUCUUUUAAUUCAUCAAGUUUCGAUCCAAAGUUGCAAUCUUUGAGAAGCACCACAUCAACUACAGCUGGGACAUCGGGGCAGAGGAGAAACAAGAAAGAAGAGCCUCACAUGGCUCCCUCCCGUAAGCUUAUCCAUGCAUUCCUUCCAUCUUCUGUUAGACUAUCUAUAGAUCUGAGACUGAGGGGUAGAGCUUCUGUUUCAGAGACAUUUAGUCACCAUAGAUAAAGAGAAAGAUUCCCAAAGCAAUAAUUUUGUGGCUUCAAGAGGUUUUCUUUCCUGUUUUUGGUUUCUGGCUUCAAGGCUCCCUCCUUUUUGCUUGUUAUUGUAUUCCAUUUUCAAGCUUGUAAUUAUUCAACAGUUUUGUGUAUCCAUAUGGAUUUGGGGUUAUAAUUUACACCCGACAUCCAUUGUACAGUUGCAAGUCAUAAUCUGAUUGAAGCCUUUUAGGUAUUUAGUAUUUGGUUUCUCAUUUUCUUUCAA